AUGUCUUCAAAGAAAGACAUGCGACGGGCGGAUCUCGUGAUCCCCUACGUGCAGCCAAAGGACGACAAACCAGCCGACUUUGGCUCAACAAUCACAAGCACUAUGCCUAUGGCAGCUAUGUUUACCAGAAACCGAAUGCUUGGAUGGUUUGCACUUCUAUCGUCUCUCCUGAGCUGGAUGGGUGAAACUCCCACUCAAAAGGCCAAUGCGACUACACCUGGUUAUCUCUCAUUUGGCAUGUCAGUCAUGGCAGUUGGUGUGACAUAUAUGCCACUCUUCCUACCACCGCCGCAAGUUAGGGGGCCCACUGGAACAGGAGUACCUGCUGCAGUGCCUCCACAAGCUGGAUAG